GAACCCUUCUUUCUCCUCAAUCACCAGUGCCAACAGUGUUGAUCUUCCUGCCUGUUUCUUUUUGAAAUUUCCCCAGCCAAUCCCAGUAUCUAGAGCAUUUGUUCAGAAACUGCAGAACUGCACAGGAAUUCCAUUGUUUGAAGCUCAACCAACUUAUGUACCCCUCUAUGAACUGAUCACUCAAUUUGAGCUGUCAAAGGACCCUGAUCCCAUACCUUUGAGUCACAACAUGCGAUUUUAUGCUGCUCUUCCAGGUCAGCAGCACUGCUAUUUCCUCAACAAGGAUGCGCCUCUUCCAGAUGGCCGAAGUCUACAGGGAACCCUUAUUAGCAAAAUCACCUUUCAGCACCCUGGCCGAGUACCUCUUAUCCUAAAUCUGAUCAGACACCAAGUGGCCUAUAAUACCCUAAUUGGAAGCUGUGUCAAAAGAACUAUUUUGAAAGAAG